UCGCCAUUUUCCCUCACUUCAAUCACAAAACAUUUCUGCUGCCAAAUUUCCAUCUUUCAAUCUACACCCUUUGUUCCCUUUCCAUAAUGGACGGUAACGGAAGAGGUGGUUGCUGCAUCGCUCGAUAUGUUGGCCCUUCACACGACAUGUCGAAAGUCGACCGUAUAAUGCUUAGGUUUCGCCCCAUUGCUCCUAAGCCAGCGGUUUCUUCCGGAUCUGGCUCUACGGAUUCCACGCCGGAGAAAUCCGAGGUGACUGGAAGAACCGGUAGAGGGAAGAAGAGAAGCGGGAGGGAUACCGGAAGUAAGCGGUGCAAUAAUAGGAGGAAGAAGAGUGUGACAAACGACGGCGUUUUGGGUGGUUCUGUGGUGACGACGUUGCCGCUUUUACCGGAGACGCCGGAUUGUGUCAAGAGAGAAGGAAGAAACGCGCCGGUUUGGUUGAGUUUCGACGGGGUGAAAGAGGAUCGGACGGCGGUGUCGGCGGUGGCGGUGGCGGUGCCGCAGGCGGUGAGGAUGGUGGCGUCGUCGGUGACGGUGGAGCGCGUGGCGGAGGUCACAUGGGGGGAAGGGGAGGAGUUGGGGUGUACGGAUGAGGAGAGGAGGAUGAAUCUAGUGAAGGACACGUGUCCUGUGUUUAUAUCGGACGGCGGAGGGAAGGUGACGUGGACGAACGAAGCGUAUCGGGAAAUGGUGGGAGGUACCGCAGGGGAUGCGGUAAGGGUUUGGUUGGUGAUGAAGGAGACGGUGGAGGAGUGGUGGCCGGCCUUCACUUGUAGAGUUAAGGUUCAGUAUCGAACCCGGUGGGGGAAAGAGACGAGCUCGUUAACGGCGCCGUGUGAUGCUUGGAGGAUGGACGGUGGUGGGUUUGCUUGGAGGCUUGAUGUCAAGGCGGCGCUCAGUCUCGGCUUCUGUCGAUGAUGAGUUGGUUUCAUGGUUCGUUUCGGCUCCGUUUGUUGUAUUUUUAUUGGGAGGUUUCUAAGAGAAUUGUGAAUAGAGAGGGCUAUGUUAGGGUUCAGGUUCUAAUCAAUUUUAAGUUGUCUUUUUUUUUUCUUUUUUUUUUUUCCAAUUACAUUUUCUAGAACAUCUUUUUUUUUCCUUGCCUAUGUAAAUAUUGUGUUUUUUCCCUUGUUUCAGACCAAAAUGUUGAUUUUUGGGGGAAAAAUGAUAUAAAUGCAGUGAAAUUAUGUUCGGGUUUAAAUGA